UAUUUAUAUAUAUUUAUAUAUAUUAAACGGAAAAGUUAAUAUGUGUUUUUUGCUAUCUGUAUGAUAUUCGUUAGGCUCCGUUGAGCAGCAGAAGGUUGUUGAUUAGAGUUACCAUUUCGAAGUACUUAGACAAUGUAGUAUUAAUUGUAGUUUUUAACAUACAGGUGACAAACAUCUGUGUAACUACUUUUGUACUGUUUUACUUUUGUUUUUGCAUCAAUGUACGUAUCACAUAAGCGUUAAUUCGUAUCAUAAUUUCUUUCUUUGUUUUUCUCUUUUCCAAUUGCAACAGUACCGCCUGAGAAUCUAACACUUAGAAUCAGCGAUACUACUCAUAUUUAUUACAAUACUGUACUAUUUUAAGUUUAGACAGAUAAAUGUAUUCAGUGUAUUUGUUGAGUAUAAAAUUUUAAUAUAAAAAGCAUUGAAAAAAAUUUUAAUAUAAAAAGUAUUGAAGAAAAGAUUUUUCAUCUUGAAUUUGACAAUUGAAUUAAAUAUGAAUCUCUUUUUACAUGUAAAAAAAAAAUGUAUACAUUUUCUUAAUCUAUUAUACAAUUCUUGAAUAAAAUUCUAAAAUAUUGGAGUAACUUUUAACAUUCAAUCAAAAAACACAAUGUUUUAUGGCAUAUUAUUUAUUUUUGAUCAAAAAAAUGCUAGAAUGUAAUAAAUACAAAUUAUAUCUUAAUAGAUACAUCAUUUUUUACAUUAGUGAAUGCAUGAUUUUUGUUUGAAUGAAUUAAAAAUGGCAGUAAAUUGUGACAUCAGAAACCAGACUUAUUAUUUUAUCAUUGGUCGAAUAUAAUACAAAAAAUUAACGUGUUUGCUGUGCUAAUUUUUGUCAUACAAGACAUUAAAAUCUGAAAUAAAACUUGCAUUCUGUUCCUGGUGUCACAAUUAAACAUUUGCAUAUUUCCUAUAUUUUUACACGCUGGGAAAUCUAGGUAACGGGAAUUGAAUUUUAUAUUAAUACUCUUAAUUAUUUUGCUGUUGUGGUUUCGACCAAUCUACAUUCAAAAUAAGAUGAUCAUAACCAUAUCCAUUAAGUGUGGCAAUAGCUUUUGCUGCUUCCACUCUAUAUUUGAAAUGUACAUAUGCAAAUCCUUUGCAGAGAUUAGUUUGUUUGUCCUUGGCAAGAUAGAACUUGAGGACAGAUCCAAAUGGCUUGACAAGUUCAUCCAAAUCUGCAUCUGUAGUACUUUCUGACAAAUUGGAAAUACGAAUAGCGGUAGUAUCGUCGCGUCUUUGCAUCUGCAUAGAAUCUCCUCGUUUGCUACCUCCGUCGCGCAUACCAGGUGGUAUGUAUUUACUACCCUGAGGUUUUAACUCUGUCAUUGUUCCAGAAGUACCAGUAUUAAUAAGUGGUUUUUUAUCAUCUGGCACUUUACCUGCAACAAGAACAGUGUCUUUGUAAGGACAUUUGGAGGUCCAAUGAUCUCCAUUACAAUUACGACAUUUAACUACACCUUUAUCUCCCAUAUUCUUCAAUUUGUCAAGGGUAUCUUCUUCAACCUUAUUUUCUUCUUCUUUACUAGAAAUGAAUUGCAUAAAGACAUCUUCACCACCAACCGUAGUAGCAGGAUUGGGUCCAGGUCGGUCAUCCGCAGAGUCUCCAAAUUUGGCCAAAUUCUUACGGGCAGCAAUUGUCUUUGAAACUACACGUCUCUCAAUUUUAUACGUACGAACCACUUUGACUUUUUUGUUAUCCUGAUUGUACUUAUAUUCGGUGAGAACUUUGAACCCAUUUUCAUAGAUUUCUGAAGGUGGAGGUAACGCUCCUCCUUCUUCUUCCACCUCAUCUGCCCAGCUGGAUUUUACUUCUGCUACAGGCAUACCUGUAAUUUAGUAUUCAAGGUUAUCGCGCAGAAGUAGAAACACAAUCACUGCGGAAAACUAACAGAAAAGCAAAUCCUACGAAACGUAACUGAAAUUGAGUCGAAAUGGAGGAAUUUCCGCGUGUAAUAAAUUGGCGUGUCAGUAGCCAGUGGUGACUCUGGUGGUGGUUCCUCGAAACACGGAUACUCGAGAAUUAAUGGCGACGUCUAGCGUUGUCGUGUCCAGUGUGAGAAAAUAAUGUUUUCCGGAUCCGUAUCACGAUCGUGUACGGAAAAGUGUUAACAAAAGUAACGAUAAACGUGAUCGAAUUCAGUGUUAAAGUAAAAGAGUAGUCGCGAUAAUGGACCAGGCACCUGCAGAUACAGAGUUACGGAACAUCAUAGACAAACUGGCACAAUUUGUGGCUCGCAACGGACCAGAGUUUGAGCAGAUGACGAAAAACAAGCAGAAGGACAAUCCAAAAUUUGGUUUCCUGUUCGGUGGAGAGCACUUCAACUACUAUCAGUACAAAGUGACUACAGAGCAAGCCAUUUUAAAGCAAAAAGGAAUAAAUCCAAUGCAAAAUGCAGACCCACGUUUAAACGUUUCGCAGCAGCAGCAAACAGCCGUUACGGUCGCGCAGCCACUGAAUAACGUCAAUCUUACACCUGGCCUAAAUACUCAAAACAAUGGAUUAAAUCCAGUUGUGGGAAUUGGACCAGUGGGAAAUCAAGGUGGUCCGGUUAUAGCUGGAGUACCAGGACAAAUUGGAGGACCAGGAAAUGCAGGACCACCAAUUGGACCAGUCCCUAGUGCUAUGGGUGGUGUGAAUCCAUCUAUUGGUGCUGUUACUCAAUCGGUUAACAUUGGAGGACCUCCUGGAUGGCUUCAAAAUGAAUUAGCAAACCUUCAGUCACAGCAAACAACGCUACAGGAACAAAUCAGACAAUCAGAGCAAAAUUUGGCUGCGCAACAUGCUGCAUUGAUGGCACAACAGCAAGGAAGGGUUGAGGAUGCUGUGAGACAAGCUCAAGAAACAGCUUUACAAAAUAGUGCACAGGGCACAAACACAGAUCUUGCUGCUUUUGAUGCAGUAUUACAGCCUAUCAUUGAUAGCUGCACAAAAGAUAGCAUAAGUGCAGGGAAAGCCUGGAUACUUCAAAAUUCGGUUACUCCGCAAAGUAAUCAAGUUGUUGCGGAUCAUUUGCUGAAGAAUGCAAGAAAAAAAUCUAUGGAUCUUCGCAAGGCAAUGGAAAGUGUUGUUGUUCCCAUGUUCUGUAACACUUCAUUAGCUGCAUCAGAAGAACAACUUAAUAAAUUAAAUAAACUAUUAAGUUUAUGGGAGUCAAAAAAUAAUUACUUUGAUGAAGGAAUUAUAGAUAAAUUGAAACAACCAAGUACAUCUUGGUCUGAAUAUCAGGCUAACCUAGUUGCACAGCAUGCCAGCGCAAUUACACCGAUCACCACGUCAACGAAACAAACCUUUGAUAAUUAUCAAGCACAACAUCAAGCAUUUGUUACGCAUGCUUUGAGACAAAUUCAAAAUAUCGAACAACAAAAGAUUGCAAUUGAUCAACAAUUGAAAGCUCCCCCUCCGCCACCGCCGCAAUUGAAUCAACAAAACAUGUCUAUGCCACCUAGUCAUUCCGGUCCUCCUGCCCCGAUAAGCACAGACGUAAAUUUCAGUCAGCCGCCACCUGGAUGGGGUGUACCACCUGGAAACGAACCACCACCAUUUUCAAAUGUUCCAUUGCCAGAUUUUUCAAAACCUCCGCCUGGAUUUGGUCCACCACCUGUUAUACACGAGCCUUCUGUUGAGGAUUUAAUGCCCAGUAUGCCUUAUUACGAACUUCCUGCUGGUUUGAUGGUACCUCUGAUCAAGUUGGAAGAUGCUGAAUAUAAACCUUUGGAUCCAGAAGCCAUUAGACUUCCACCGCCUGCUCCUCCGAGUGAACGAUUAGUAGCGGCUGUAGAAGCGUUCUAUGCACCACCAAACCACGAUUCUCCGCGGGACAGCGAUGGGUGGGAAAAAUUAGGUUUAUACGAGUACUAUAAAGCAAAAAAUGCCGCGCGUAAGCGUAAAGAAGAAGAUAUAGCAGCUGGUAUAAGACAAAAAUCAAAAUCGCCAUCGCCAAUUCUAAGGCCAAGAUCCAAGAGUCCUAGUCCACCAAAGAAACGAUAUCGAAGUAAAUCUCGAAGUAGAUCACGCUCAAGAUCUAGAGGUAGAAGCAGAUCUAGAUCACCUGCUGCUAAUCACAGACGUAACAGUCGCAAUAACAAUCAUAAUACUAGAAACAGAAGAAGGAGAAACAGCAACAAGGAUCGAAGUCCUGAUAGAAGAAUGGACAGGCAGGAUCGAAGUCCAACUCCGCCCAGUUUCCUUAAAGCUCCUCAAGAAAUUAGUCUCGAUGAGAGUAACAAAGGUCAUCAGUUGCUCAAAAAAAUGGGUUGGGGUGGUGCUGGACUCGGUGCCAAUGAACAGGGUAUUGAAGCUCCAAUAUCGGGGGGUGAAAUUAGGGAUAAAAACGAUCAAUAUAAAGGCGUUGGUAUUAAUCUAAAUGAUCCAUAUGAGAACUUUAGAAAGAGUAAAGGACAAGCAUUUAUAACUAGAAUGAAAGCAAGAGCGGAAGAACGUGCCGAAGAAAGAGGCGAACGGGACUGA